CUCGUACCCACUUCUUCCCUCAUCCCUCCACUUGCAUAAUAGCGUCUUGUCUGCCUGUUGCAGCUGGAGCAUCCCGAUGACCCAGAUAUAAUCAGAGUUUAUGGCCCUCUGCUCCAGCAGCCUGCAGUGCUCCGACUCCACCACCAGCCACAAGUCUCCUCUUCUCAGCCAUCACUGCAUGACCCACAUCUCCAUGGUUACCAGUCCAAAAUGGCUCCGAGGAAGAAAGAGCUGCAUGUUGGCGAUCAUGACUCCUGGUGAUGGAGGAGAAGAAAGUAGGUCACUCCACAGACGAGGAGGUGACCCAGUACACAUUGUAACCUCUUAUUGGAGGAGAGAGCUGUCAAUCAUCGCUACUGGUCGGUGUGGAUCCGCAUCAGGCGUACGCAACAACAGCUACGUCAAGACGCACGCAGCUUCGCUCCAGUCGCCAUCGUCAUCAUCUGUACGCACGGCGGCGACAGGAGCUCCUGAAUCGGCAGGGACGGGUAUCCCACCGCUAUUCUCCACCAAUGCGAGGAAAAAAACAGUGACAGAGAGUAGAAAACCAUCGGCGGCUCCCCCUCACGAAAGCCCCUCUGGAAACUCCGAUGGAUUAGUCUGAUUUUUCUCCGAGAGUAGAGGAUGGGCUGUGUCCAAUGUAAGGAUAAAGAAGCAGCAAAACUCACUGAUGACCGGGAGACCAGCCUCUCACACAACUCGGGGUACCGCUAUGGGUCCGACCCCACGCCGCAGCACUACCCCAGCUUCGGGGUCACCACGAUCCCCAACUACAACAACUUCCACAGCACCGCUGCCACACAAGGAGUGACCGUGUUUGGGGGAGUCCACACGUCCUCGCAGUCUGGGACGCUGCGGUCUCGAGGGGGAACAGGAGUGACUCUGUUUGUUGCUCUGUACGACUACGAGGCCCGGACUGAGGAUGACCUCAGCUUCAGAAAGGGGGAGAGGUUCCAGAUCCUCAACAGCACCGAGGGCGACUGGUGGGAGGCUCGCUCCCUCACUACAGGUGGAACCGGUUACAUUCCCAGCAAUUACGUCGCUCCAGUGGACUCCAUCCAAGCUGAGGACUGGUAUUUUGGUAAAUUAGGCCGAAAGGAUGCAGAGAGGCAGCUUCUUUCCAACGGCAAUGCCAGAGGCACUUUCCUCAUCCGUGAGAGUGAAACAACCAAAGGGGCCUACUCCCUCUCCAUCCAGGACUGGGAUGACAUCAAGGGAGACCACGUCAAACAUUACAAGAUUCGUAAGCUGGACAGCGGAGGCUACUACAUCACCACCAGGGCGCAGUUUGAGACGCUGCAGCAGCUGGUGCAGCACUACUCUGCUAGGGCUGCAGGGCUGUGCUGCCGCCUCAUCGUGCCGUGCCACAAAGGCAUGCCCCGCCUGACCGACCUGUCCGUCAAAACCAAAGACGUGUGGGAGAUCCCGCGGGAGUCGCUGCAGCUCAUCAAACGUCUCGGAAACGGCCAGUUUGGAGAAGUUUGGAUGGGAACAUGGAACGGCACCACCAAGGUGGCAGUAAAGACUCUGAAGCCCGGCACCAUGUCGCCUGAGUCGUUCCUGGAGGAGGCUCAGAUCAUGAAGAAGCUCCGACAUGACAAGCUGGUGCAGCUAUAUGCAGUGGUGUCUGAAGAACCCAUCUAUAUUGUCACUGAGUACAUGAGCAAAGGGAGUUUGCUUGAUUUCCUAAAAGACGGAGAAGGACGAGGCCUCAAACUGCCAAAUCUAGUGGACAUGGCAGCUCAGGUUGCAGCGGGCAUGGCAUACAUUGAGAGGAUGAACUACAUCCACAGAGACCUGCGCUCUGCAAACAUCCUCGUUGGAGAGAGUUUGGUGUGUAAGAUUGCUGACUUCGGUCUGGCCAGACUCAUCGAGGACAACGAAUACACAGCAAGACAAGGUGCAAAGUUUCCCAUAAAGUGGACCGCUCCUGAGGCCGCUCUCUACGGGAAAUUCACCAUCAAGUCGGAUGUGUGGUCGUUUGGCAUCCUGCUCACAGAGCUGGUGACAAAAGGCAGAGUGCCAUAUCCAGGCAUGAACAACCGCGAGGUAUUGGAGCAGGUGGAGCGAGGUUACCGGAUGCCGUGCCCGCAGGAUUGCCCGUCGUCGCUGCACGAGCUGAUGGUGCAGUGCUGGAAGAAAGACCCAGAGGAGAGGCCCACCUUCGAGUACCUGCAGGCCUUUUUGGAGGACUACUUCACUGCCACAGAGCCUCAGUAUCAGCCGGGGGACAACCUCUGAGCACUGCUGCCUUCAUGUCAUGUCAUUUCACCAUGUCUCCACCAGGGGGAGCCAGACCGCCACCUCUUCUCUCUCUCAUCCUGUGGCUCUCUCAUCGACUGACUUCAAGCUUGAUUCAGACAGCAACAGCUGCCUCUUUGACAUAAAUGAGUGGAUGUUGAGGAGGACGGGGAGAUGAGGUGACUGAAGACUUUAAACUGACUGCCAUGGAUGAACCAGACAAGUCGUGUUGUUUAACUUGUAUGUAAUGUAAAUAUAAAUUGCUUGUUUACUUAUCUCUUUUUGUUUCCUUUAUAUUACUUUUGAUAUUUUGGAAAUGUGUGGAUUUUUUUUUUUUAAUCCAAAGUUAUUUCAGAUUUACGGCUCGUAGAAAACCGUGUGCGGCUCACAGCUGGUGACAUAAUUGUAGGAAUAGUUAGAAAAUUGUGGACUGAAGUAUCUCAGAAGAUUUUCUGGAAGCCCAGCGACCUUUUUUACAAGGUUAUUAUACAAAACUGCUCUCCUCUUCUCAAGGAACUUAGAUGUACUAUAACACCUGUUCUUGCCUUUUCAUGUUUAGUAAUAUUCUUAUAAUGUAAAGGAAUGCCUUCAUGCUUUCUACACACUAACUUAGUGAAUCAUGGACUCUUCCAGCCAAACUUAUACGCCCCCUGCACUAAUAUUAAGUGCUUUCAUUGCAUUUCAGCUUCAGCCAAUGAGUUUAAGAUCGGCUUCGAGAAACUUUUACUUUCGCUUUUUUGUAGUUGCAGAGGAGGCAGACAUCCUCUCCGAUUGCGGCCUGACUGCUUAUAUAACGGCAAUAUUUUAAAAUGUAUGUUGCAUUACUGUAUGGCAGCAGGCUGUGUAAGAAUUCUGUCUUUCUGCUUCAGACAAACUGCCACUCACAUGACGGGAAUGAAGGAUGCAUACCUGUGUUUGUCCCUCCAUAAUGUGGAAAGAACAUGUUGUUUACGAGACCAAACAUGUUUAUUUCUCUGUCUUAUUUUUGCCUGAGUCUUCUAUGUCGUUUAAUUAACAUAAUAGUGUAUUUUUCUGCAGCUAUGGAUGAAAUUUAUCUUCCUCAAGUGUCAAACUUCUCUCUGUGAAUGAGAGGGUGCAUUCCAGGACAAUUCCAUUUCUCUGUGUGUGUUUUAAGUUUCUUUUCAUGGGCAGAAAGGUGAGCAAAAAUGUUGUUUUUGCAUCACUUUGUGUUCCCGAAUUCUGUAGAUAUACAGAAAAUGUUCCUGGUGUCUGCAUUAUUUAUUGUCUCUGUCUGUUACUUGUACACAACUGGUUUUGAAAUAAACAAUCUUG